UGAGAGGAGCAAGUUCAUUACAACUACGCUGCAACUCAUUUGAAGCCAUGGGAUGUAUUGAUUCUAUUAAGGACACGUUCUCACAGGCAAAGUUUACUCCAUCUGCUCUUUUGUCUGGACGAGGCGCUCUGCACAUGCUGGAGAUUGUACUAUGUCUGGCCACCUUUAUCGUGGCUUCCUUCAGAGGAGGGAGCACCCAUACCUACUGGAACUACGCUAUGUUCGCUUGGGCCUUUUGCGGCAUCAUGACGCUCAUCAUCACUAUCAUCGAGAUGUUCAAGCUUGACAUCGUGCUCGAUAUGUUUUGCAUGAACUGGGCCGACUUCGCCACAGGCAUGGCCAUGUCUUCCUCGCUCAUGACUGUCUGCGUCGCCAUCACCUACGCCAACUUCUACCUCUGCAAGACAUGCAUCUUAGGCUGGGUAGUGAGCAUACUGGCCUUCCUGUGUGCCAUAGCCUACAUUAUUGAAGUGUUGAAGGACAAAUGCAUGGAUAAGAAGAAGGCGGUCUACCUGGCGGCUCUCCCUGGAUUCUGGAAAGUUAUGGAGGCCUUCGUCAGCUGUAUGAUUUUUGUGUCACUUACGGGUUAUAGGGAUAAGCCAGCUCUGAUUGCUUGUGUUGUAGCGUAUGCCAUUCCUUUUCCCAUCAUUCCUUUGAUCAUAGCCACCAACAUCCUAAAAAAACUGAAGAAAUGUUUGCCCUUUAACUUGGACAGGUUUGUGUUUAUCUUCCUGGUGAUCUCUGUUGUGCUUUAUGUAUUCGCUGCUAUUACCUGGCCCAUUUUUGCAUUCAAAAACAAUCCCCGUCCCAAAGACUGCCCACCAAGCUAUUGCGUAUGGGCCAUUCAGUUUAUGGUUGCAUUCCUGACAUAUGUCAAUCUCAUUCUUUUCAUAGUGGACCUCAUUUUUACACUGCUUGGUAUAUGUGGUUUUAAAAGCACAUAAAUGUCUUUCUAAUCUCCUCUUGCAUGGCGGUAAGCUUGAUUGCUUCUGAUUUUAUGGUUUAGAUAAAAUGAUAUUGGUCUGAUCAAGGGAAUUGAUUUGACAGAUUUGCUGCUUGCUAUGAUUUGAACAUUAUGAAAUGCAGAUUUUUUUUACUUUUUAAAAUUUUUGAAUGGAUAUUGAUAAUUUAAGCUAAAAAAAGAGUUUUUAAUGAAUAUAUUUGCGGUGUUAUGGUGACUUAGUGUAUCUUGGUGAAAGAGGAACUCUGUAAGGGGCUGUCGGGGGACAUCUGCUGAUGUGAUAUGCCUUGUGCCUUUGUUACAUGUAAAUGAGCCUCACCUGUGUUUCUACAAUCUCACGGGAGGCCAGAACAUCAUAGAUACACCCUCAUGAAGUUGUGCUUGUAUUUAGUUUUUCAUGAAAAUAAAAAUGUGAAAAUAUAUGAGA